CUGAGUUUGGCGGCGAUUAAGAAUCACUUAUUCCUUUGUUAGGACUUCAUUUUGGAUGUAGACCAGGUGUCAGUUUAUUACCAAUGUCUAAAUGGUAUUUUGCGGACUAUGCUGAAUGACUUAUGGAAAAAGUACAUAAUCAAGAUAAAAUGUGAGAAAAAUAAUACUUCGGAACAACCUAACACUCCAUCAGUUAUAUAUCUGUGUCGUAUUUGUUCCGGUUUUCGAACAGAUAACGAAUCUUUAGUUGCGAAUCACCUUAUUGACAGACACAAUAUUCAGUGUAAAAUGCAUUCAGGUCCAUGUUCAUGUGACAACUCAAAUGAUCCCAGUCAAAUUGGCUUGGAAUCGGUGUUAACCGCUGAUAAUUCUGUAUUCAGUACUACUGGUGAUAAAGAAGCUCACACUUCAGAUAUGUUAAACACUUUAUUUUGUCAGACAUCUUAUACAUCAAAAUCUCCAACAAAUGGGGAUGAUACUUCUUCUGUUGUCAACGAUCUAAAUUCAGUUGAUUCAAUCAGUCCCCUCCAUUCACCAGUUUCUCCUGUCUUAAGGGAAUUGAACUGCACACGUAAGAAAAUUACGAUCACUUUAAAUAGUUCACCACCACCACCUACCACACCACCGUAUGUCCCAGAACUUCAAAAUUCAGAAAAAACAGUUGAUUUAUCUGGUGAGGUCGAUGAAUCUAUUUCAUCUCUAGUCUAUGAAACAUUCUUAUCUCCAUCCAGUUCUCAUAAUAAUCCAAUAAAAUCUUCUUUGAAUCACAAAUGUCCUGAUUGUGAUCGUUGUUUUAGUAGUUAUAAAGCAUUUGAACGUCAUACUCUUCGAUCACAUGCAUCAGCUCAUCAUUUGGAUGGAAAACAAGUUGAUUUAGAUGACCAUCCAUCUAGCAUUUCAACCUAUGAAUUUAUAUGCUCUCAAUGUGAUCGUGGUUUUACUACCAGUCAUGCAUACAAAAUGCAUACAAGGGUGCAUAAAUCAAACAAGAAGUGCACCCGAUCUCAUGAUCCAGCUAACAAUCAUAAGAAUGAUUCAUUUGAUAAUAAUAGUAAUCGUAAAGAAAACAUUAUUGAGUCAAAAUAUCGUGCAAUUCUACCCAAACCAUGUAAUCAUCAAUCGUCUAUACAACUUUCAUCGUUAGAUCUAAAACCAAAACGUCGAAAUGCUCGUCGUCAAACUAGUAGUUCAUCGUCAUCUGAACAAAAAUCAUCAUCGACGAGACAAGUCAGUCAGAAUGAUAAUGGCAGUAAUUCUUCUGUUGGACUAUGCAACUAUUCAUCAAAUUAUAUAUCAAACGGGAACGUGCUUAUUCAUCCAAAUUCAGCCAAUAUUCUUCUCCACUGUGCAAAUAACAAUCCUAAUAACCAAAAUAAUAGUAUGAAUUUAACUAACCAUGUAAUUUAUGACACAAGUGAUGCAGUCAAUAAACCGUCGCAUUUACUCACUGUUGCAGCAGCUUAUGCUUCUCAGAUUCCUUACAGUACCGUCAAUAGUGAUGAUACGUCACAAAAUUUAUCAAGUGAUUCUUCUAUUCCCGGUGUUCAAGUCUACCCUAUUCCAUGGACAUCUGAUGCACAUAAUUCUAGUCUAAUAUCUGCCGAUUCUCUUAUAUCUAAUGUUGUUAUUAACCCACCAAUAGAAAAUCCAGUUUCUUGCAGUUCAGAUAAUCAACUACAUACAACUAAAACCAUAACCACAAAUUGUGAUUUAUCGUUUGGUCAUGAAUCUUUAGCACCAUAUUCUUAUAUUCAAUUAUAUCCUGUUAUGAGUUCCGAUGGUACAUUAUUUUAUAUGACUGGUACACCAAUUGAAUUAACUCAAACAAAUCAUAAUAAUUCUAAUGAAAUUGAUUUUAAUCAUACUCUCGUACCUAAUAAUUAUGAAUCAAGUUACAAGUAUACAACAAAUGAGGUUUGUUCAUCUAACAAUGACAGAAAUGAAUGUGAAAACAAUGAUUCUACUCAAAUGAAUUCCUCAAUAUCCCAGCAUUUAUCCAGCACAGAUGUCAACUCUGCAUUGCUAACAAAUGAUACAAUUUCAUGUGGUUAUAUUAUGAAUCAUCAAGAUAAUACCAGUAAAAAUAAUGAAGGAACUGUUUACUUCUCUUCACAUUAUAAUAAUAUAUCAGCAAAUUGUCAAUCAGCCUCAGAUUAUUUGUCAAAUGAUGUGGAAGUGAUUGAUUUAAACGUUCCUGUUGCUGUUGUUCAUUUGGAUCAAAAUCAUAUACUUAAUAAUCCUCAAGUGACUACGACUGUUUACGAAAUGGAUUCUAUGCCUAAACAAGAUUUUCCUAUGUCAUACUCCAAUUCAAUAGAGUGUAAUUCAGAAACUACAGACCAUAGAAAACUUUCUGAACAACCGUCAUCAGCAGUUAGUUGUAAUAAAGAUCAAAAUAAUCUUGACAAUAAUAAUAAUAAUAAUGAGGAUGAUGAACAUUCGAUUUGUGAGAUGACAACAGAAAUUAAAGUUUCUUAUUCAACCUCAUCAGAAUUGGUGAAUGCACAAGUUUCCAAAGAAUCUCAACCAUCACUACCGCCUACUGUAUACAAUACUUCCGGUGCUUCUUUUGAGUUGCAUAAUAAUAAUAGUGAUAAAAUCCAAUAUGAGAGCAUUGAUUGUAUAAAAGAAUAUUUAAGUUUCAAUAAAACAGAAUCACUCAAUCAUGAUACUGUGUCUACAUUGAAAAACUUUGUUGAAUAAUAAUUUCCGUAAUAUUACUCUACUUUUAACAAUUUUUUUUAGAUUACAUUUAUUCUAAAUGAAUCGUCAUUAUCCAGUUCUGUCUAGUC